AGAGAAAGAGAGAGAGAUAGAGAGAGAGAGUGAUUAUUGAUAGAUAGAGCUUAGACAGAGAGAGAGAGAACAGUGAUUGCUUCAUCGAAGGCAAAGAACGGUUUGCUACUCCAAAUCCCAUUUUCAUCAUCACACUACGCAUAGAGGGAGAGUGUGUGUGUUUGUUUGAAUCCAUUUUUUCAGACUUCGUAUGGUUGAAUCUGAAUCCAACAUUUUUUCAUGCAUUUCUCGGCGAUUUCGAAACCACGAUCUUCCGACGAAGGCUCGAAACCUCAAUCGAUCGAUUGAUGCAGGUGAUUUGAUUUUGGCUGAUUUGGCGGUGUGUUUCGGUCGUUGAUUCGUCCCCUGGAAAAUGAACAGUGGCGAUGGAGAGGUGGAGGAAGCUCCGGCGGGCCCACCAACGCCGCUCGAGUGGAAAUUCUCUCAGGUAUUCGGUGAACGGACGGCCGGUGAAGAAGUUCAAGAAGUUGAUAUCAUAUCUGCAAUUGAAUUUGAUAGAACAGGUGACCAUCUUGCAACUGGUGACCGUGGGGGCAGGGUAGUAUUAUUUGAAAGGACUGAUACAAAGAAUCAUGGUGGAAGUCAACGAGAUCUGGAGAGGAUGGAUUAUCCCAUAAGUAGACAUCCAGAGUUCCGUUAUAAGACCGAGUUUCAGAGUCAUGAACCUGAGUUUGAUUAUCUCAAGAGCUUGGAGAUUGAGGAGAAAAUCAACAAGAUCAGAUGGUGCCAAACAGCUAAUGGUGCCCUAUUUCUUCUGUCUACCAAUGAUAAAACCAUAAAGUUUUGGAAGGUCCAAGAAAAGAAGGUGAAGAAAAUUUCUGACAUGAAUGUAGACCCUUCCAAAGCUGUUGGGAAUGGUGGUGUAGCUAGUUCAAGUGUUUCUUCCAGUCCUAAACAAUGUGUUGCAAAUGGAGGAUACCCUGACAGAUCUUACAAUUAUUUGAGCAAUGAUUUUUCAUUCCCAGCAGGGGGCAUUCCAUCUCUACGUUUACCUAUGGUAGUACUCAGUCAAGAAACAAGCCUUGUGGCCAGGUGUAGAAGGGUAUAUGCUCAUGCACAUGAUUACCAUAUUAAUUCAAUUUCAAAUAACAGUGAUGGUGAAACCUUUAUAUCGGCUGAUGAUCUGCGAAUAAAUCUUUGGAACUUGGAAAUUAGCAAUCAAAGUUUCAAUAUUGUUGAUGUGAAGCCUGCAAACAUGGAGGACCUAACUGAGGUGAUAACAUCAGCAGAGUUUCAUCCUACUCAUUGUAACACGUUAGCAUAUAGUAGUUCGAAAGGGUCAAUCCGUCUUAUUGAUUUGCGGCAAUCUGCUUUGUGUGAUACACAUUCUAAAUUGUUUGAGGAACCAGAGGCACCUGCUUCAAGGUCGUUUUUUACUGAGAUAAUAGCCUCAAUUUCAGAUAUUAAAUUUGGAAAGGAGGGAAGAUAUAUACUUAGUCGUGAUUACAUGAAUCUUAAGUUAUGGGACAUUAAUAUGGAUUCAGGUCCAGUUGCAACCUUCCAGGUUCACGAGUACUUAAGACCUAAGCUAUGUGAUUUAUAUGAAAAUGAUUCCAUCUUUGACAAAUUUGAAUGUUGCUUGAGUGGUGAUGGUCUGCGAAUAGCAACAGGUUCUUACAGCAAUCUAUUCCGGGUGUUUGGUUGUGAUGUGGGCAGUACUGAAGCAACUACUUUGGAAGCAAGCAAAAAUCCAAUGAGGAGACAAGUUCCGACCCCUUCGAGGCCUGCCAGAUCCCUGAGCAGUAUAACACGUGUUGUCAGACGAGGAUCAGAAAGUCCAACAGUCGAUGCAAAUGGAAAUUCUUUUGAUUUCACUACAAAGUUGCUCCAUCUAGCUUGGCACCCUACUGAAAACUCAAUUGCCUGUGCUGCUGCAAACAGCCUGUACAUGUAUUAUGCAUAAAGAUGGUGCAGGAAGAAACUUUUUUGGGAUGCUGUUGAAGAAGGCUUGUUUCCUUUUCUCAACAGCCAGCAAGUUCAGGCAUAAUUAAUCUCUCUUAAAUUUCAAGUGCCUCAGAGACCCAUAGCAUGCGAUUUUAUUAUCUCAAGGUUCAGGAUUGGUUGUCACAGAAUCCACGUGGAAGCAAAUCGUCUUCUUCGUUCUUGGGUGGGACACUUGCUCUUCUUCCUGCCCCUCUGCUCGAUAUUCACCCUCAUUUUCUUUUAUUACUAUAUAUAUAUUUUUUUACCAUUUCUUCUCAAAGGAAAAUAUGCAAUUCUGUUGUCCUUACCAUGUUGGGUUGAAGUCAGGGUAGAAUGUGAUUGUAGCUCUCCUACAACCAAAACCAAUGUCAAUUAUUGCCCAAUAGUUUCAAGGUAAAUGUAGUUGUAUACAAAUCUUGCUGGGAAGAAGCUGCUGCUAACGUGAAGUACAUGAAGCUUAUUUUCUAUGGUACCGUCGAAAGUUAUUUUUAUUCUUCUUUUUUUUUAGGAUGACUUUAGACUGGCUUUAUUGUAGUUUAAUUUUUUUAAAAAUAUUUUUUUGUAUUGUUAUAGUUUACUAAAGUAUUUUUUUUGUAAAAGCAGUUCAAUGGCAGUGGCUGACUGAUUUGUGUUUUCUGCAUAA